AUGUCUUCUCUUAUCAAGCUAACCAUUUUCCUCCUUAUUGCUCAAGUUGCUAUGGGUUUUGCCCCAGUCCAACAAAAAUUCAGCGCUCCAUCUGCUUUGAAGUCCGCCUCAAAGCCCCUCGGCGAACGGGUUUCCCAAUUUGUCGCUGCCACCGCCGCUGCAGUCGCAACUUCCCCCCUCGUUGCCCUUGCUGAGGAAGCUGAUGAUUACGAAUAUGGAUCUGUCGAUGCCCCCAUUGGCAUCGCGGUGGCAGGUGGCCUUCUUGCAAUCUUGACCGCCGCGGUCCCAGUCUUUAUGCAAGGUGGAGAGGAGGCUUUCAAUGAAAUGAGAGACCGCGAUGCCGGACAAUGGGGUACUGGACAAACUGAGGCUCUUAACAAGAAGAAAAGAAAGAUGUGA